AAAACUAUGUCAGUGUAAACAGUUGCGUGGACGCAUAUUAUGUUUGUUACGUAUUCUAGGUUCAAGGGGAGCCAGCCAGAUUGCCGACGCGUUUCACUAUUUAUAGUGUCUCGAGUCUAUUUAGCAGUUUGCUCUCAGUGCAGAAAUGUCCGGAGUCGCGAACGAGCUAUACCCACGCUCAUGCAAAGUGUGUGUCGAAAACUAUUGAUGACGUGUAUAAGAGUCGUAUUCAAUUUUAUUAUAAAUAUUAUACGUUUUAAUUUAUCGAAAUUGUCUGUACGCAGAUUAAUAUUAUCAACGUAAAUUUAUUAGACGGUGCAUGGGGCGUCAUCGGACAUGCAACUUAUGCAACCGUUUCAACACGGCGUUUUACGCUACAUUAUGUUCAGUUAAAGUUACAGUGUGUGCUCACUAGUCUGCCCAGUGGCAGGUAUUAGUUAUGAUAUAAAUCAUAAAUAUAACAUCAGGGAUGUGUGAACGUGUAUGUUGAAAAACAAAAUUGACAUUGGUGCUAUUUUAAAUUGAAUGCCAAAGAAUCGUUGGAAAUAUGCCAAAUUGGUACAGCUGACUGUAAACAAACAAAUUAAUAUUAAGUAAUAACAUUUUCAUAUUUGUAAACCUAUUUUGCAGCCGUAAAUACAAAUGUCUGGCGCAAAUAACAAGGAUAAAUUUGCAAAAUGGCGGAAAAAACGGACUCGAGUGAUAGUGAUAGUCCAAUAAUAGACGACAACGUGAUUCGUAUACAGCUCAAGAAGUCUAAUCACAAAAAAUGGGAACUUCGUACAAGAAAUCUUUCCCCUGGUAUCAAAUUCCCAAUCAUACAGCUUUUUGAUUCAGAAGGUAAUCUACUGGUUGAAACGAACGAUGAAAACGUAUCAAUCAAGAGUUCUGAUUUCAAUGAUUCAAUUUUGAAAACCAGUCAAUCUUUACGGGAGAAAGAUUAUAAGCAUAUAAUUAGACAAAAAAUUGUAAGAAAAUAUAAUUCGAUAUCUGGUGACAAAGUAUAUACGCGCGUUUAUCGUAAUCCUGUUGAAAUUAGUGACAAUAGCGAAAAAAAUAAUAACUGUUACAUAAUAAAAGACAGCAGCAGUGUGGCAAACAUUCCAAGUAAACUGAUAGUAAACAACAACUUCCACAAUUUGCAAACAAAUAGCCUCGACACCACGCCUUUCCAUUCAGAAGGGCCGAGCGAAGUGAGCAGCUAUAAAAGUUCCGACAAUGAAACUUGUGAAGAUUUCGCUUCAAAUGAUAAAUUGUCCAAGAAUAAGACCGAGAUAUCAGAAAAAGAUAUUGAUCCGGUCCCGAUUUCAGAACAUCCGUCUCCUAUAAGUUUAAAUUUACACGAGGAAUCCAACAACGAAACAUUUGACAAAACGGAGAAUGUGUGCUUAGGACUUCAAACAUCACAGUCACUCACUAAUGCUACGUUGUCACCUAGUUUGAAAGGGUAUCAUACGAUACAGCGUUCAAAAUCCAACGCUAUUUACAAGCAUCCCCAAAAUAAAGUUUCUUUUCUCAACACAUACUUAAAAAGCUUACCUGUCCGGACGAGCUCUAACCCGGAUUGGUUUACCUUACACCUACGCCAAACAUCAGCAAUGGCAAAGAAUUCACACGAAGAAACGAAUCGAAAAGAUUCUCCCACAAUUAUUUCAGAUACGUGGCAAUCUUGUAAAAUAAACGAAAAUACCGACAGCGAUUUUAUGAAUAUUCCAACAGAUGUAGCGGCUGAUUGUGAAAUGAAAAAGCGUUUAAAAAUGUACAGGCGAGGUAUAUCUGAUAUUGAACACUGGAACGCAACUGCAAGUUUGUUUACAAGAAAAAGACGACACUCUGUAAGUGGUGCCUGGCGGAUUACUCGCACUUCUUCGUCUGAGAGUGUUGACGAAGCUGACAUAGUACUUAACCGCUUAAAGAGAAGGAUACUUAAGAACAAGUUCAGAGAGAAACGUCGGAGUAUCGUCACUAAGCCAUUGUUUAAUCAGAACGUAUACAAAGGAAGCGAUAGCGAAUCUCAGGAAGAUUGGCGCGAUGAGUGCGGCGGGGCCCUCUUGAGGUCCCGCCUCGCAAUGGGCUCAAACAUCAGCCAGCAUUCCGCCAAGGGCCUAAAGGGCCGUCGAGCACGCUCUAGUGGAGAUCUUUGCAAUGGAGAGGCGAAAAGUCAGACUGAAUCGUCAGUCUGCGGCUCAGUUGUCGGUGAUGUUAUGGGUUGGAAUCGGUCUCUACCCAACCAUCUGGACGGAAACCGACAUCUAGCGGAUUAUAGUCGUGUGAACAAUAAUUAUGGUGAAUUCGGAACUUAUAAUCGGUGCCAUCCGAAAAGCGGGCGUGGUUUGCGGUACCGAGUCUCGAAAUCCGGUUCAGAUGCAGAGCCGGUAUGGAAGCUCCAAGAUCCAGGAUUCGAUCAGGGCUACGGUUCUGAGAGGUCACCAGAGGAAGACUUCGUUCCGCCUAUUGUCCCCCCCAUAUCGCUGGAGCAGUAUGAAGCUGAACUACGCACCGUUUAUCCUUUUAUCACUGAAGAAAACACGUUUACAGUAGUGGUGGAGAAAGAUGGGCGAGGGCUGGGAAUGUCGGUUUGUGGCGGAAGUGGUCUCGUUAGGAUAAGAAGACUGUACCCGCCUCAACCCGCCUGGCGUACUGGCAGGCUCGCUCAGAAGGAUCUCCUGUUAUCUGCCAAUGGCGUUCCUCUUGCUGGACUCAGCACUUAUGAGGCUCUUGAAGUUCUUCGCACGGCUUCGACAAGGGUAGAGUUACGAGUGUGCCGGCCGCCAAGCGAUGUCCUCGAGAGUGUCACGCCGCCGGACCCGCCGACCCCCCCAGUUCGGACGCCACACCCACCACACUUACCCCUCGACCCUCUUAACUGCCAUCCUUUACAUGCAAGACUUUCCCAAACAACAAGCAGUGCCACAACAUCAUCAUCUGAGGGCAGAGGACGGCGCGAAGCGAGUCCCGAAACCGAGAGAAGAACACAGGACUUGCAUCUACCAGAUCUAGACAGACCCUUACCAGUAUAUGAUAUACAAUAUGGAGAAUUUGAUAUAAUUAUGACGAAAGUGAAUGGCUCUCUCGGCUUUACGCUUCGUAAGGAAGAUCACAGUGCGCUAGGGCACUACGUUCGUGCUUUGGUUAGGGAACCAGCGCUUAGCGACGGCAGGAUACAACCAGGCGACAGAAUAGUUGCUGUGAAUGACACUCCAAUGUCAAACAUGUCUCACGCUGAGGCGGUGGCUUUCCUUCGAGCAUGUGACUCCGAAGUUCGACUGCGACUGUACCGCGAUCAUGCCGCAACACCAUUAUCACCAAUGUCGCCGAAAGAAGAGGGGCCCACGGAUUCAGACGCGCCCGUUAAUAGACCUAAACCGCCGUUGAGAGCCGAAGCAGUCUCGAUGCUUUGCGACUUAGCGGCUCGACGCCUGACGCCGGACGCAGGCGACGGGUCGCGUUCGCCCUGUCUCUCGCCGCGCAAACACCGCAAGCUCACUAAGGACAACCACUACGAACUACCAAACGAUAUGCCAAGUUACAACGUUACGCUAGAAUCACGCUCUAAACGUACUGAGAGCUUCAAACGAUCCGAAACAAUCGAAUGUUCUAUCGAUAUUUCGGGAGCCGAACGUUCGACGAUCGAUCGUCGCGCAACUAUGGAACGAUCGGCUACCAUCGGAUCGACAACCGUGGAACUGCCGGCUCCCGUAGAGUCAAAUAGCAAAGAGUGUAUUGCUGUCGAAGAAGCGAAGCGGCAACGCUCAGUAGCACUCACGAGCCCCACCGCUCCGCCUUCUUGUAGAAAACAAAAACUAAGCCUGACAGUCCCUCCGCAUGGAUACGAGCUGAACAAUUUAGAUAACGAUACGCUAGACGCACCAAAUCUCUACCAGGAGGUCAUAACGUUGCAGCGGUUUACCGAAUCCGCAUUCCCUGUUGAUUCUGACGAACCAGUCUCGAUGCCCGCCGAGCUGUCGAGCGACGAACGAUUUAAGCACUCAACUCCGGCCUAUCAAAGUGCCGUUUUACACACAAGCGAGAGUGCAUCUGAUGGACAGAAAGAUGAUGGUAACGGUCUAAUGAAAUGGAAAGGAGUCGCGUUAUCGCCUGAUAACGAAAGAAAAGCGAAGUUAAUUCCCGCAGAGGAUCCUAACAAAUCAAAGGAAAUCGAUAUAGCCCAAAAGGAGAAUGUCAAACCUGAACCACCGGUAGAAGCCAUAAGCACAGAACCUACGGUAGUGACAGUGGAGCUGAACCGUGGCUGGAACAGCCGGCUCGGGUUCAGCGUCCAGAGCCAUCCGGAGUCGGGGCAGAGCUACAUCUCGGCCGUGUACAGCGACAGCGUGGCCGCGCGCGACGGCCGCCUGCGCCGCGGUGACGUCAUCCUGCAGGUAAAUGACGAAAACGUGACAUCCAUGAAGACACCAGAAGUGAUCGACUUGCUUCGAAUACUGCGAGGAUCCAUUUGUAUCACCGUACUGCGGCCGCCAAAUAUUCAGUAAAAUGAAUGGCUAAACAUAUUACAAGAACGGUAUACUACAAAUAUAAAUAGAUAAAUCACCACACGUAAAACGUUUAUAUGAUAUAUUCUCAUUCAUACGCACAAGAUUAUACAAUUUUAAACGUAUUUUUUCGUGAUUUUCGUUACAUAUAGUAAGAUUCGUUCUUUACUUUAUUGUCAUGCGUUUAUUUCAAUAAGACUUUUUAAGAUGCUAUUGAUACCGAUUGCCUUCAAAACAGAACAUUGCAAGUUAUUCAAUGAAUCUUCAAUCUUCAAAAAUUUAUUUAAAAAAAACCAUUAACACAGGUUUGCAAAGCAACAAUAUUUUUCAUAUAAACAUUUACCUGAAAUCUAUUUUUAUGUUUAGCUUUAUGUUGAAAUUAAAAUCUUUACGAAAUAUCAUCUCAUUAGGUUGAUACAUAUAACGCUGCAACACAACGCGACACCGACGUGGCAAUGCUCAAAUCCACGUAUUAAUGAACUAAACUCAAACAACAUCUGUAAAAAUUGCGGCAGCGAUCGCCACUGAGGUCGGCACCAUUAAAUAAAAGCGUCGUCUAUGAACGCGAGGUGUCCUACGGCGACCGACCAAAUGCGUUAACCGUAUGUAAAUAGCCUUACUUGCUUAUCGACUUUCCAAAAUCUACCUAUGACAUAUUAUAUCAUACGUAAAAAUAUUUGCCAUUCUGGCCCAAAAUCGACACAUUACCCUUAUACCUCGCUUGAAGACUAGAAACGACACUGGCUUUUUUAUUUCUAAAGUUUAGGUCAUAAACAAUAACUAUAACACAUACAAAUUGAAGAAACUUAGCACUUUACUAUGUAAUAAUAACAAAUAAUAACACUAAGUAAAUAUUUACAUAAGCAGUAAAACGUGAAUAAUCGAUCGAAGUUGGAAGUACAUUUCUGUGAGUGUAUAUAAUCCACGCCAUUUUAACAAAUAUAACAAAAAAAACGAGUAUAAUCGUUCGAUUACAAAAUACGUAGUUAUAAUAUUCAUGUAAAAUAAUUACGUCGGGUCAAAUCGUCACCGCACUUAACACGCGCAAUCUAACUUGGCCGGGAAUUUAAGCGGGAGACGUUCGCGCUUGUAAAUGAGUGUGAAUAUUGCAUAUUUAGCGCACGCACUUAUGUUCCUAACAAAAACUAUAUCUGCAUUCGUCACUAAUUAUCUAAUCGGCCAACAUAAAUCGCGCGUGUUGCAUAGCGUCAUAUAAAUAUAUAUAAAUGAUAAAAAUGAAGUGUUAUACAAAUAAUUAUAUUAUAAUCGAUAUUUCCUACGAAUAAAAAUUACUUAAGUUCCUAAAAGUAAGAAGCAUCCACAGAAGUAUUUAUUACAUCAAUGAUUCGUAUUGUGUAAAUAGACAACAAUUUGAAAUGAAAUAUUCCUAUGGUGAAUUGAUCUCAUUGAUAUCAUUAAAAAGUAAUAAACAUAUAAUUAAUGGCUAACAAAUUCCCUAACCAGCCCUCAGCAACGGCAGGAUAUAUAAAUAUUUACCGUACACACAUUGAAUUGAAAUACCAUGUAAAUAGUUAAAUUCUGUGUUUGUUCUCAAGAAAUAAAUAGUUCUUGUAGUAAAAAAUAUGUAUAGCAUUCCAAGUAUAUUUGUUUUAAUUAUAAUUUCGAGGAAAGGUUUUAAAUAAUUUUAUCGAGUUUUGAUUUCCCGUAUAGAUUCAGUAUGAAGAUGUGUAAUUGUGUAUUCAAAUCUAAUAAUUUUAUUUAAUAAAUACAAUAAAAAAUUUAAUUGCGCAAUAUUUUAUAAACUUUUUUUAUUAAUGUACAAAUAAUAACCCUAUCUGAAUGCUGAAAACAAUGAAUCAUAUCAAAUUGUUUUUGCGUGUAUAUCUUUGUAACAUAUUUAAAAAAAACUCACGGACACGUCUAACGUAGUAAAAUUAUGCACUUCAUACACGACACGACCUAUCGUAUUAUAAGAUAAACUUCUUCACAUUGUAGGUUUAUAUUAUUAUUCCAUUAUAUCAUUAUCGAAUCGAAAUGAUCGCUAAUCGCAAUAUUGUCUAUUUUAUGAACUAGUAUUAUAUUAGUAAGUAAGUAAGGAUUAUCCGAUUAAUAACUAACACUGCUUCGCCACAAUGACGUGUUCCCCUCCUCUUACAACCCGGGUUCCUUCAAACGAGGCGUGAAGAGGCAUCUUGCGGGCCGGCAAGGCGAAGGCGGCUAGCAGAAUGUUUUUCCCGUCUGUACUGGCCGUCGUCGCGUUUGGACUCUACUACCACUUACCAUCAGGUGGAGUAGAGUCAUUUGCCCUCCCGGCGAAUAUAAAAAAAAAUGACAAGUAUAGUUGGUAUAUACUGAAAAAAAUAAUGAUGGCAUAACGAACAUUAGAAAUUACUUGCAAACACGUGUCACGUCUUCCCGUGAAAUUUCGAGGGAUUGUUUAUUGUUUACAAAAUACAGUCACUAUUCAGCAAACACAUACGUCACAGUGGCGAAAGCGUUAAUUUUUAAUAUAUUUAAAUUAUGUAUAUUCAUUAAGAGACUUCGGGUGUAUAUGUUAUUGCUAUAAGAAAUAUAUUAUAAUAAAAUAACAAGAACAUAAAAAUGGACGUACAAAUUGGUGCAACAUCGCUUAUUAGUGAUUUGUUGAAAAUUGUUUUUAUUUAAAUUGAUUUAAAAUGCCUUUCACUUUAUAUUAAAUUAAAUUUAAGUAAAUAUAUAGGUUUCGUAUAGGCUGAUUGUUUCUAGUCAAAUCUAAAUUGUAAUUAAAUUAUAUCUAUUAGUCAUUCUAAUGAAAUAUUAAUUAUAUGCAGAUUAUAUUAUACUGAUAAUCGCAAACGAUUGUCAAAUAUCCCUAAAAAAAUGGAAUAUUGUAUCCUCGUUUCUAUUAUAAUGUUAUCAUAUAAAAAGAUUUUAUCGACAAAUCGACUUAACUAUUUUAAUAUAAUUCGUAGGCUAAUCAAAAUUAGAUAAAUGACAUAGCUAAAUAAUUUAAAGAUAAUGUAAACUGAACGAAAUUGAAACAACUGAUAUUCUAAAUAAUUGUGAUGGAUUUGUGUUAGUAGAUGUUACUUAAUAAUAAAUUAACAAUAUAACUUAGGUGCAAUUGUAUUCAUCCAGGCUUUAGAUAUUGUUGCUAGUAAAUAUAGAUUGAACUUUGUCAAAAUAGUUUAUUAUCAUACAAUUUAAUAGUGCCUAUAUAUAUAAAAAAAGUAAUUAAAUAAACCGAAGGCCGUUUCUGAUCGUGACAGGAAUACUAUAUAAUACUUAUUUGAUUUUAUUGAUGAUUUAAGAUGGUGUUACCAUUUUAUAUGACUGUUUAUUAUUCGUUCUGAAAUUAUAUACUUGGUAAAAAGUGAAUUAGAGAUAUUAAAUAUAUUUUUUUUCAAAUUCAAAUAUGAACGGUGCUCCGUGAAACAUACCAAGAAAAGUAUUACUUAUUGAAAAUCAAACAUAUAAAAUAUUAUAUGAAAACUCGUUAUAAAUAAAAUACAUUGCAUUGCGGCCUUUUAAAUCAUUGCAAUAAUAUAUUAAAUUUAUUACAUAAUAUCAUUUUAGCUGCCACACCUUUGCCUAACGUUUUUUUUUUGAGAUAAGAUACUAUACAAUAAUUAAUACAAGUUGGUCGAACAGUAAGGAAAACUAUUUUUGUGAAACGAUUAUGUCAGUAUAUGCAUGUAUAAAUCUAGUUUUAUAUUGGUUUAUCGUAAAAUGUUAUCCAUAGAAAUAUUAUUAUUUUUUAUCAUGAAAUGUGAUUGAUUCUAUUCUCUAUUUCCAAGCAAAAAGGUUUAAAAUAUCAAAACAUCAAUUGUAAUAAUUUCGUUGCUUGCUAGUCCCACGAUGCCUUUGCUUGUUGGAUAUAUGGGAGGAGUUAUUUUUAUGAAGAAAUCAGUCAUAAAAAUGUUGAAAGAAUGUACAAUAUACUUUAUCUAAAAAUAAAAUAUUAUGAACAUAA